AUGUCCAUCCCCACCCAAUACGAUACCAUAAUCAUCGGCUCCGGCCAAGGCGGCACCCCUCUCGCUCGAGCCCUCGCGCUCGCGAACCAUAAAACGGCCCUCAUUGAGCGGGAGCAUAUUGGCGGAUGCUGUGUGAACGAUGGCUGCACGCCGACCAAGACGAUGAUCGCGUCCGGGAGGGUCGCGUAUCUCGCUAAGAGGGGUGGAAAGUAUGGUGUCCAGAUGGCGAAUACGUCCGCUUCCACUGGGAGGGAUAAUGGUAAUGAAGUGGUGAUCGAUAUGAAAAAGAUCAGACAACGGAAGAGGGAUAUUGUGGAUUCUUUCCGCACGGGAGGUGAGAAGAGACUUAAGGAUGCGGGGGUGGAUGUGAUUAUGGGGGAGGCGAGCUUUGUGGAUGCGAAGACGAUGGUGAUUAUGGAUGGGAGGAAUGGAAAUGAGAGAGUUGUGAGGGGGGACAGGAUUGUUAUAAAUACGGGUUGUCGGCCUGGGAAGGUCAUACUUGAUGGAUUGGAGAGGGUUCCGAAUGAAAGGGUGUUGGAUUCUACGUCUAUUAUGGAGCUGGGGGAGGUGCCACGACAUUUGGUGGUUGUUGGAGGUGGGUAUAUUGGGGUUGAGUUUGGGCAGUUGUUCAGGAGGCUUGGGGCUAGGGUUACGGUUUUGCAGAGGGGGAAACAGUUGCUUCCUAGGGAGGAUAAGGAGUUGGCGGAUAUGUUGUUGGAGAUAUUCCGGGACGAUGGGAUUGAAGUCAUGUUGGAGACCACGCCGAUUGAAAUUGAGAAUGCCUCAGAGGAUGUGUUUAAUGUCGCAGUUGAGACGAGACAGGGGAGGGAGGCUGUCAAAGGGGCUACGCACAUCCUCUUUGCAAGUGGAAGGGUGCCGAAUACCGAGCGUUUAAACGCUGCUGCUGCGGGCGUGAAGAUGGAUAAGAGAGGCUAUGUCAUCACAAAUGAGUUCUUGGAGACUUCUUCGCCAUCAAUCUACGCCAUGGGAGACGUCAAAGGUCCGCCGUCGUUUACACAUAUCUCAUACGACGAUUUCCGAGUACUCAGGCCCACAUUGUUGGGGUCCACAUCUGCAGAUGAGCGGCUCUCGAUUAGAGAUCGAAUCGUGCCGUAUGUCGCCUAUACGGACCCUCAGUUCGGACAUGUCGGGCUGCAUGAGCAUGAAGCAAGGGAAAGGUUCCCGGCCCGGAAGAUCCUGACUGCGCAGAUGCCAAUAAGCUAUGUGGCUAGGGCGUUGGAAACGGACGAGACGAGAGGUGCCAUGAAGGCUGUGGUUGACGGGGAGACUGGACAGAUCUUGGGCUUUACAUGUUUAGGCGUUGAGGGCGGCGAAAUAAUGAGUAUUGUGCAGACUGCCAUGAUGGGAAAUCUGCCUUAUCAGAAGUUGCAAGAUGCUGUGUUCGCCCAUCCAACUUUUGCGGAAAGCUUGAAUAAUCUUUGGGGUUUUCUGAAAUGAGGGCUUUGCUUUGGGGAUGUUGAUCAAUAAAAUGUGAAUCACCUGUGUCCAGUUCUCCACAUAUGGUGCGAGCACUUACACAUACCAGUUUGUUGCAUAAUCAAGCAGUCCCUUUGAAAUAAAUACGGGCUGACUGUGGAUUCC